GUGUCGUCAUCACUGUGCGCCGGUCCCUCCAGCUCAACAUGUGAGGGAAACACGGGGACGUUUUAUUUUGACAUUUAACUUCACUCAUGUGAAUCUGCACAACACUAAAUGCGACGUUUACGAGCUUGAGUCUAACUUUUAACUCCACGUGACGACUUUAGCCUGAACUCGCUUCACUCCCCUGGUCGUUUGUUUAUUAGCCUGCAGCAUGGACAACACGGAGGAAAGUACGAUUGAGCUCCACGGAGACGAGGAAAUUAUUGAAGUCAUCGAGCUAAACGAGAUGGAGCCGGGUCCUGAUGAUCUGGCUGAAAACCUGGAAGAUGUUGACUUCGAGGAGCCCGGAGAAGCAGAUUUUGAUGACAAUGAAGGCUGGGAGACGGAGGAUGAGAUGGAAGCGGAGGCAGAGCAGGAUGACAGCGAGCUCACCUUCUCCAAACACACCGGUUCGGUGUUUUGCGUGAGCUUGGAUCCUGCGACUAACAGCUUGGCUGUGACAGGAGGAGAGGAUGAUAAGGCCUACGUGUGGAGGGUGAGCAACGGAGAGGUGCUGUUUGAGUGCAAAGGCCAUGAAGACUCUGUGACGUGUGCCAUGUUCAGCCACGACUCCUCGCUGGUGGCUACGGGUGACAUGAGCGGCAUGAUCAAAGUUUGGAAAGUGGAAACCAAAGAGGAGAUCUGGUCUUUUGAAGUGGCAGAUCUUGAGUGGUUGGAGUGGCAUCCCUGUGCUCCGGUGCUGCUGGCGGGAACAGGCGACGGCAACGUGUGGAUGUGGAAGAUCCCAUCAGGAGACUGUAAAACCUUCCAGAGUCCUGCGUGCCAGGCCACCACCGGCAAAGUCCUCCCUGAUGGUAAACGGGCUGUGGUGGGAUACGAGGACGGGACAGUACGUGUGUGGGAUUUGAAGCAGGGCAACGCCAUCCAUGUCGUUAAAGGUCAGGACGGACACCGGGGAACGCUGACCUGCCUGGCGUGCAACAAGGACAGUUCUCUGGUGCUGACGGGUUCAGUGGACGGCUACGCCAAGCUCAUCAACACUGCUACGGGCAAGGUUGUUGGAGUAUUCUCUGCGGAGGGAGGCAACGCAAAAGGAUCGAAAGACGAGGAAACAUCCGUUGAAUCUGUGGGAUUCUGUAACAUCCUGCCUCUCAUAGCGGUGGCAUACCUGGAUGGGACUCUGGCCAUAUACGACCUCUCAACACAGGUCCUGAGACACAGGUGCCAGCACGAGGCCGGCAUCGUUCACUUGAAGUGGGAAGAGUCUUCUUCUAUGGUUUCCACCUGCAGUUUAGACGGAGCUCUGCGCUUAUGGGACGCUCGCUCUGGCAACAUGGUGUCCGAGUACCACGGCCACACCGCAGAAAUCCUCGACUUCGCCGUCAACAGGGAUGCGUCUCUCGCAGUCACCACCUCAGGAGACAACCAGGCGAAAGUCUUCUGCCUCCAAAGACCCGACCGGUAGAACAAGCUGGAAGAGACGAGACAAGAAGAACAGAAAGAUAUUUUUAAAAGAAAUAUCUGAACAUUGUUCACUUCUCCUCAGGAUUUUAAACAAUUGUCACAUGUGGUCUCACCAUUUUAUCUUUUGCAGUGGGAUUGUAGCAUCCAACACAUUAUUUCUCCUUUUUUCAUCAGUAAUUCAUUAAAACCUUUUUAAAGUAACUGAGUGUAAAAGGAAGUUAUGGUCAGCAGAUCUCAUCUUAAAGUUUGAAGUGUGAUUCAUAAAAACAAGCCGCUCCUCGUUACUUUUAUCAUGCACACACUGACAAAAAGUGGAGUUCAAUGAGUGAUACAUUAUAGUGUCCUGUUUUUGACAUCCCACUUAAUAUUCUGUCUAUUAAAAUGUUUCCGAGAUACAA